AAAAGAAUGCGUAAGAUCACAUGAUUGCUGUCAGGGGACAGCUGAGAUGAGACGCGGGGGGAGGAAGACGAGUAGGAGGGAAAUGAGUGAGAUAAGGAGAGAGAGAGAAAGACAGAGUGGGAAGCCACUUACAGUACGCAGAUUAAGUUCUCACCGCACUCAACGGUACACCUGCUCCAGUUAGGCCCGACCUGUCUUGAGGCGAGAUGAAUUCCUCACUGGUCCUGCUUCUGGUAGCCCUGACAGGAAAUGUCAGCAGCACGGCUUUGUUCGAGGCCACGGAGAGGAAUUGUUCCCUAUCACCACCGUAUCUCCCCAGCACAGCCGUGAACAGCAGUCUCCAGCUGCGGGACUUGCGAGAACGAAUGCUCUCCUCCAACGUCUCCGCCUACAUUAUCCCGGGCACGGACGCCCACUUGAGCGAGUACAUUGCACCACGUGACGCAAGGUUGGCCUUCAUGACGGGCUUUACAGGCUCUGCAGGCACGGCCAUUGUCACGCCGAGCAAAGCGGCGCUGUGGACGGACAGCCGCUACUGGGUUCAAGCGGAGAGACAGAUGGACUGCAACUGGGAGCUCCAACGAGACGUGUACAUUAGCAGCAUAGCAGAGUGGCUCAUCUCUGAAGUACCGCAAGGAGGCAAGAUUGGCUUUGACCCUUUCCUCUUCUCGCUCAAAACGCAGGAAGAGUACAAAAUGAGUCUGGAGUCCAGCAAUCGGAGCCUCAAGUCGAUGCCUGGCAACCUGGUGGACCUAGUGUGGAAGGAUAGGCCCGCCAUCCCGCCUGACAGUCUCAUCCGCCUGCCGGACAGAGUCAUACAAAGGUCCUGGCAGACGAAAGUGAAACAAAUCCGGAAUCAAAUGAAGGACAAUCCCUAUGAACCCACUGCUCUCCUGCUGUCGGCGCUUGAUGAAACCGCAUGGCUGUUUAAUAUGCGCGGCAACGACAUUCCGUACAACCCUUUCUUCUACUCUUACACUCUGCUGACCAUGGAUGAGAUCUGGCUCUUUUUGCACACAGAGAGAGUGACGGAGGAGCUUAAGGUUUACCUAAACGCGUCAUGUAGUGGGCCUUUCUGCGUGCAGUUGAAAAGCUACGACACUGUAUCUGAUCACCUAAAGGAGUACGUGAACAGUCGGCCGGGAAUCAAAGUGUGGAUUGGCACCGAGUAUACUAACUAUGCUCUAUAUGAAGUCAUAAAAACUGAGGACAAAUUCAUGACCAGCUCAUAUUCGCCGGUGUUGACCACCAAAGCUGUGAAAGAUGACACGGAGCAGCGCAUUUUAAGGGAUGCUCAUGUGAGAGACGCAGUGGCCGUCAUCCAGCUUCUCAUGUGGUUGGAGAAAGUGGUACCGGCGGGGAAGGAGACGGAGCUUAGCGCCUCGGCGUACGUCAAUCACUGUCGCAGCAAACAGAAGGACAACAAGGGCCCGAGUUUUGAGACGAUAUCUGCAAGCGGACCCAAUGCUGCACUGGCACAUUACAGCCCAACAGCGGAAAGCAACAGGAAGCUGACAGUAGAUGAGAUGUAUUUGGUAGACUCUGGUGGCCAGUAUCUAGACGGGACCACUGAUAUUACUAGGACAGUCCACUGGGGAACCCCCACCGCUAUGCAAAAGGAGGCCUUCACCAGAGUGCUAAUGGGAAAUAUUGAAAUAUCUAGAACAAUAUUUCCUUCAGGGACCAGAGGUGUCAACAUGGAGAUGCUGGGCCGCAGAGCAUUGUGGGAAGUGGGCCUCAACUACGGCCAUGGCACAGGACACGGGGUCGGCAACUAUUUCGGGGUUCAUGAAUGGCCUGUUGGUUUUCAGAGUAACAACAUUCCCUUUCAAGAAGGCAUGUUUACAUCAAUAGAACCAGGUUAUUACAAAGAGAACGACUUUGGGAUCCGCAUUGAAGACAUUGCAGUGGUUGUGCCUGCCCAAACAAAGUAUGGUCAUAAUUACUUGACAUUUGACACCGUGUCCAUGGUUCCGUACGACAGAAAGUUGAUUGACACCUCUCUUCUGAGCCCAGUCCAGUUGCAGUGGUUGAAUAAAUACUACGAGACCAUUCGGACAUUGAUGAGUCCGGAGCUGGACCGUCAGGGCCUCUACGAGGAGAAGAACUGGAUGUUAAAACAUACGGAACCCUUCGCGGAGUCCGGAUCGUCUUCAUCUGUCUGCUCCUCUACGCUCACGCUUGUCACUUUGGCUAUUGCUGUACUGUACAGUGUUGCACUCUAAACUUUACUGCUAAAGCACAAAAUGUAUAAUCAACGGCAGCAAAGCACUGACAUUUGUUUUUUUGACUUUUUUUUCAGGUUUGAAAAUGAUCUCUUGUAUAAUUUUGAUGACGUAGCGGAUUUGUAGUCUUGUCUGAAGUAAAUUUAUGGCUACCUAAAUUUGCCACAUAGGUAAUUUUUUCACACUAGGCGUUAUUCAUUCAUCCAUUUUCCAUGCCGCUUUUCCUCACAAGGGUCGCGGAGGUGCUGGAGCCUAUCCCAUGCCUGCGUGGGUGUUAUUUAUACACUGCAAAAUUGCGAUUAUCUGAAAGUGCAGGUAAUUCAAUUAAAUUAGAUGUCUCUUUCAAUUUCAUGAUUACUUACUGAUCCACAUGGCAAAAAGAACAGCGGUACCUAAAGAUAUGAUGAUCGUACUUGUUAGUUUUUCAAGGUAUGGGCCAUACGGACAGAUUUGAGAUUAAAGCGCCAUACAGUGCCCUCCAUAAUUAUUGGCACCGCUGAAAAAGAUGUGGUUUUUUAGCUUCAAUUUUUUUUUUUAAAUUCAAAUAAUAUGGGACCUUAAUGGGAAAAAAAGAGUCCAACCUUCAAUACAAGUGCAUUCAUUCAGUGGGGAAAACAUCCCACAUAAAGAAAUAAUUCUUUGACAUCAAAUAAUGUGUGUCACAAUUAAUAGCACCCCUGGUGUUAAUACUUUGUACAACCCCCUUUUGCCAACAAAACAAGGUCUGGGGACUGAGAUGGCCAUGGGAGGAGCUUGAUUUUGUGUCUGGUGAACCAGUUCUGUGUAGAUUUGGCCAUAUGUUUAGGGUCAUUGUCUUGCUGAAAGACCCAGUGACGACCCAUCUUCAGCUUUCGGGCAGAGGGCAACAGAUUUUGAUUAAAAAUUUCCUGGUAUUUCAAAGCAUUCAUGAUGCCAUGCACCCUAACAAGGUUCCCAGGGCCUUUGGAAGCGAAACAGCCCCACAGCAUCACUGACCCACCCCCAUACUUCACAGUGGGUAUGGGGUGCUUUUCAGCAUGCGCAUCUUUCAUGGCACGCCAGACCCACUUAGAGUGUUUGUUGCCAAAAAGCUCAAUCUUGGUCUCAUCUGACCAAAGCACACGAUCCCAGUUGAAGCCUGGGACCAUGUGUAUUUUUGUGUGACAAUAAAAACUAGUGACUAAAAAGCACAUCUUUUUCAGGGGUGCCAAUAAUU